AUGGACGACUGGCUCUUGGUAGAUUUUCUAUUAGAAGAUGACUUACAGGGCAGUAUCGAGGAAUUAGAUAAUGUGCAGCGCAAGUGGUUGGCCCAAGAUGGCUUGUUUUCGGUGAAUGGAAGCGAAUCAAUGAGAACCAAGAGUGGUCGAAAGAAGAGGUCAAAGUGGAAGAAGAACCAGAAUAAAUCUGCGGAGUACGAGCUCAUAGAUGAUCCGAUAGAAGAACUCAUCGGCCUCAUAGUCAAAGAUGAACGGUUUCAAGUCCAAUUAAAGGACGAUUCCGUGCACCAAGAAUCUGAGUACCAGAGAAAAGGCACAACUACCAAGAAGAAGAACAAAAAGAAGGGAAAAGAUACACCAUCUGCAGAAGAUCAAGACCGUCUGACUUAUGAGUCAAUUGCAAAGGACGAUUCGUUUCUUUUCAACUUUUCUUUAAGCGAAUUAUCAUUGGAAUCUCAGCCCAAGAAUAUUGUGAAGAAGAGCACUAAGGCCAAAGGAAAAAAGGGCUCUAAGACUCAGGAUAGCAAAGCCAACCCUGCGAAAGACUCUAAUUUGGCCUCAGAGCUCGAUUUUAAUCAGAAAAAUGCGGGCGGAAAAAGAGAGAAAGUACAGCCAGAAACUGACAGCAGGUCGAUCAAGGAAAAAUCCAAGGCAUCCAAGGUAAACACCAAGUCGGCCAAGGAAAGAUCCAAGAAACAAGCCAAGAAAAAAGCCAAGUCAGAAUCUCAAGAGCAUGAGAAUGGUGUGCCAAGCACUCAGGGAAAGAACCAAGAUCAAUCGAAAAGUCACACCGAUUCGUCAAAAGACGAUGGAAAGAAAAUGAAACCCAAAACACCAAAGAGCGAGGAUCCACAUCCGCCGUCCGAGGAGAGUCGAAUGCCUAAAAAACGUUCGAGACAAAGCAAGACAAGGAAACGUGGUAGUGAUUGA